CGAAAGGCUUUGCUUGACACUGUUGUUUACUAGAGGAGGUAGAAGAAGAAGAGAGGGGAAGAUGAGCCAACAACAAGGAGUGCAGAAGAACACACUGUACGUAGGAGGAUUAGCAGAGGAAGUAAACGAGGGUAUUCUUCAUGCAGCAUUUAUUCCUUUCGGAGAAAUUAAGGAUGUGAAAACCCCACUUGAUCAGGCUACACAGAAACACAGAUCUUUUGGGUUCGUCACUUUCUUGGAGAGAGAAGAUGCUUCUUCUGCCAUGGAUAACAUGGAUGGUGCUGAACUUUAUGGCCGUGUUCUCACUGUUAAUUACGCUCUUCCCGAGAAAAUUAAGGGUGGUGAACAAGGCUGGGCUGCUCAACCUAUUUGGGCGGAUGCUGAUACAUGGUUUGAGAGACAACAAAUGGAAGAAGAAAUGCAGCGUCUCCAAGCUGAGCACAAAGCUUCAAUAGAAGCUGCUGAGGAGUUGCACAGAAAGAAGCUAGCUGAUGAGCGAGAAGGAGAAAAAGAUGAUGACCCUAUGGCUAGGGCUGAAGCUGAGGUUCUACAACAAAAUCAAAGUAGCUGAUUAUUCUUCAUUGGAGAAAAGAGGCAGAGAUGAUUUUGAACAUCUUCAUCAUACAACACCUAGAUUUUUGGUUCUAGAGACCACCUGGUAGAUAGAUGUAAACAACAGUUUUAGUGAUGAAUGGUACCAUUUUAAUUUCACUAAACCGGAAUACAAGUCUCACUUGCGUACCA